AUGACCAAACCUGUCAACACCGCUGCCUUUCUCACAGCCGAAAAGGCUUAUCCGCUCGAGAUUGGGGAAGCCCCAUAUCCCACGCCUAUCAGUGACGAGAUCAUUGUCAAGACAGCCGCAGUCGCCAUCAACCCCGUGGACUGGGUCGUCCAAUCCACCGCCUUCAUCCCCCUUCCCUACCCUUGGAUCCUAGGCCGCGACGUCGCCGGCACAAUCGUCGCCCUCGGCCCGCACGCCCCGCCCUCCCUCCGCCUCGGCCAGCCCGUCGCCGGCCUCGCCCUCGGCUUCGCGACCCGCGACCCCGCCGCCGGCGCGUUCCAAACCUACGUCAAGCUCUCCCCGCCGCUCAUUAUCGCGCCGCUCCCGCCCUCGCUCGCCCCCACCCUCGCCGCCGUCCUCCCGCUCGCCUUCGCCACCGCCGCCGGCGCCCUCUUCGAGCCGCACCUCCUCGGCCUGCCCCUGCCCCCCGCCGACCUCGCGCCCCCUCCUCCUUCCCCCAACGCAGCAGCACCGGGACGCGACGCCGACGACGACGGCCCGGCGCAGACGACGGCGCCCGUCCUCCUCGUCUGGGGCGCCGCCUCCUCCGUCGGCUCCGCCGCGUGCCAGCUCGCCCGCGCCGCCGGCCACGCCGUCGUCGCCACCGCGUCCGCGGCCAAUUUCGGCUACGCGACGAGCUCCCUCGGCGCCGAGGCCGUCUUCGACUACCGCCGCACGGACGUCGUGGAUGCGGUCGUCGGCGCGCUCGCGGCGGAGCGGCGAAAGGUCGUGGGCGUCGUGGAUGCGGUCGGGAUGGGGGGAGCGCUCGAGGCGUGCUUGGAUGUCGCGGGGAGGGUGGCGGCGGCGGCGGCGGCGGAGCGGGAAAGGGGGAGGAGGGGGAGGCGGGGCGUGGGUGAGGGGGAUGGGGAGGGGGGCGGGGGCGGGUUAUUGCUGCGCGUUUGCACGGUGAGACCGCUGCCGCCGCCGGGGGGCUUGGCGGACGACGCUUUGCCCGAGGGUGUCGAGUGCGGGGUCGUCAUGGCGACGGACGUCAGGAAGACGCGGGUGGGGCCGGCGGUUUUCGAGGGGUUCCUGCCGCGCGCGCUGGCGGACGGGAGGGUCAGGUGCUUGCCGGAGCCGGAGGUGGUCGGCGUGGGGUUGGGGCGGGUGCAGGAGGGCAUGGAUCGGUUGAGGAGGGGCGUGUCGGCGAAGAAGUUGGUCGUGGUUCUGCGGGAGGAGGAGGAGGGGGGUGGGGGCCGGGAGGAGGGUUCUUUGGAUCAGAGGGGAGAAGGGGGCGGAGGCGUUCGUCACACGUAG